GAAGGAGAGCCGCGAGCCGGCCCGGAGCGGGGAGCCAGGCAGGAAGAAAGAAAAAGAAAAACCCAACAACUCCCGGCAGUAAAAAAAGAAAAAUAAAACCGAUGUAACAAAUAUUCAUAGUGAUGUGAAACAAAUUCCUAUAUUGGCCAUGCCCAGAAAUGAGUGUCUUCUCCAUAUUUAGUCUAUCACUAGAAGCAUUCUCACUUAAACCAAUAUGGAUGUCUGCUGAUCAGAAGCUAGAGAGCUACCUAUUAGCAUCAGAUGGUGACUGCGUCUUACAAUUUCUGUCCCUGUGUCUGAGGGAGAUAGUCUGCGUGCUGUGGAAAUGAACGGAGAACAGCAGCUUGACACAGAUGCUGGAUCUGGUGUGGAGGAAGUGGAAUUUAACUGGGAUGAAUAUCUAGAAGAUACAGGAUCCAUAGCAGCUCCACAUGGGUCUUUUAAGCAUGUGGACACAAGUCUGCAGAAUGGAUUUGCCCCUGGCAUGAAACUAGAGGUUGCUGUAAAAUCUGACCAUGAAACUUACUGGGUUGCCACCAUCAUCACCACAUGUGGGCAGUUACUCUUGUUGCGUUAUGAUGGCUAUGGAGAGGACCGAAAAGCAGAUUUCUGGUGUGAUAUCAGGACAGCUGAUUUACACCCUAUUGGCUGGUGUGAGCAGAAUAAGAAGAUUCUCAAAGCACCUGAAGGUAUCAAGGACAAGAUUUCUGACUGCAUUGAGUUCCUACGGGAGACCCUGAAGGGAGCAUGUAGUGCUCCUUCUAACCUGCUAGAGGGCCUUCAUAAAGGGAAGAAUCCUUUGGAUCUCAUUGCACCAGGCUCCAGACUGGAAUGUCAAAAUUUCCAGGAUUCUUUAAGCACUUGGAUUGUUAACGUAGCAGAUAAUAUUGGGGGAAGAUUGAAGUUGCACUAUGAAGGUCUGGAGAAUUCUGAUCAAUUUGAACAGUGGUUGUUUUACCUGGAUCCAUUCCUUCAUCAAGUUGGUUGGGCAUCUCAGCAGGGAUAUGAGCUUCAGCCUCCAACAGCCAUCAGACAUUUGAAAAGUGAGGCAGAAUGGCAGGAGAUCUUAACCAGAAUUAAAGAGGAAGAAGAAGAAUCAUUGAUACCCUCUGACUUAUUUAAGGAUAAACCGGUAAUUGGUCAUCACACAUUCUCUGCAAACAUGAAAUUGGAAGCGCUAGACCCCUCAGCCCCUUUUGCUAUUUCUCCUGCUACAAUUGUUAAGGUGUUCAAUGAGAAAUAUUUUUUGGUGGAAAUUGAUGAUUUGCGACCAGAGAAUCCCAUAAGACGAUCCUUUGUGUGUCAUGUUAAUAGUGCUGGCAUUUUCCCAGUACAUUGGAGUUUGAAGAAUGGUUUACAUCUCAGCCCCCCUCUAGGCUACCCGAAUCAGGAUUUUGACUGGGCGGACUACCUCAAACAAUGUGGUGCUGAAGCUGCUCCACAAAGUUGCUUUCCUUUGCCAAUUUCAGAUCAUGGCUUUAAGGAGAACAUGAAGCUUGAGGCAGUGAAUCCUACUGACCCUGAAGAAGUAUGUGUUGCUACUAUUACUGCAGUGAAAGGUUCAUACCUGUGGCUCCAGUUGGAGGGCUCUAAAAAGCCAGUACCUGAAUGCAUUGUAAGUGUGGAAUCCAUGAAUAUCUUCCCUGUGAGUUGGUGUGAAACCAAUGGAUACCAGCUCCGAUCUCCUCGUCGAGCAGUAGUGAAUAAACAGAGAAAAGUUGCAGUGGUUCAGCCAGAAAAACAAAUCAUACCUUCGAGGAUGGUCCAUGAAAGUCUGAAGAACCAGGAGCCGAAUUCUCCAGACUCAGUCACAAUUAAUGGAAAAUACUUCUGUCCAAAGAUCUACUUCAACCACCGUUGCUUCUCAGGGCCUUAUCUCAACAAAGGAAGAAUUGCUGAACUGCCUCAGUGUGUAGGACCAGGAAACUGUGUUCUGGUUCUUAAAGAGGUUCUCACAUUGCUGAUCAAUGCAGCCUAUAAACCAAGCCGUGUUCUUCGCGAGCUUCAGCUAGAUGAAGAUUCUGUGUGGCAUGGACAUGGGGAAACUCUAAAAGCCAAAUACAAAGGAAAAAGUUAUCGUGCUACUGUUGAGAUAGUGAGAACAGCUGACCGGGUAACCGAUUUCUGCCGGAAAACCUGUAUAAAAUUGGAAUGCUGCCCUAAUCUCUUUGGUCCUCAGAUGGUUCUGGACAAGUGUUCUGAGAACUGCUCUGUACUGACAAAGACCAAAUACACACACUAUUACGGGAAGAAGAAAAAUAAAAGAAUUGGGCGGCCACCUGGUGGGCAUAGUAACUUAGAGUGCGUUAUGAAGAAAACAAGCAAGAGACGGAAGAGGAGGAAGAACUUCUUUGUCCAUAAGAAGAAGCGCUCCUCAGCAUCUGUGGAUAACACCCCAGCAGGCUCUCCCCAGGGCAGCGGGUGUGAAGAUGAUGAUGAUCAGGAUGAAGUAGAUGAAGAAUCUCUAAGUGAAGAUAGUGCCUCUGAACAGCAAGAUGAGCUGCAGGAAGAAUCAGAAGUGUCAGAAAAGAAAUCAUGCUCUUCCUCUCCUACCCAAAGUGAAUUGUCUCAUUCAUUGGCUCAGGAUCGAGACAAGAGAAAAAGAAAACUUCGCACUUUUUCUUUCUCUGAUGAUGAGAAUAAACCUCCUUCACCAAAGGAAAUAAAGAUUGAAGUUGCUGAAAAACUGCAGCUGGACAGUAACCCACUGGAGUGGAGUGUGGCUGACGUUGUGCGGUUCAUCAAAUCUACAGACUGUGCUCCAUUAGCGAGAAUAUUCCUAGAUCAGGAAAUUGAUGGGCAGGCCCUACUACUUCUUACCCUUCCCACUGUUCAAGAGUGCAUGGACUUGAAGUUGGGCCCUGCUAUCAAGCUUUGCCAUCAUAUAGAGAGGAUCAAGUUUGCCUUUUAUCAGCAAUUUGCUAAUUGACAAGGAUGACCAAGGUGAACUGAACCUUUGAAGCACAAAUGCAGCGAGCCAUUGGUCUCUCUCUGAGAUGGCAUGAUGACUUUGGUGACCUCCAGAUGUCUGCUUGCUGUGAUUUUGCACUUUCAGGGAAGGAAGACCACACACAUGAAGUAAAACAAUGCACACUAAGUGUCUACCCUGCCAAUGGAAUUGUGGUAGUCCUUUGUUCAUCAAAUUACAUUUUUUUUUAAAUAAAAGAUUGUGGGAAAAGAAAGAGACUCCUGUGAGGAGAAUAAGUGUUUCACAAAUUCAGGUGGUGUGGACUAAGAAUUAAGAGUAAUAUCCUAGGCUGCUGGAAUACACUUUUUCUGUUGCUCCUUUUCUUUUUGUUCCUUCCCAUGGUAGGUUGACAUGUUCUCUGCUUCCUUUUCUUGGGAAAAGAGAACAUGGCUUUAACUUAGCACUGAUAUAAGGCUAUGCCUUAAGGAAGACCAGUGCUCCAUUUUCAAUAUUCUUUUUAAGGUUUUUAAAACUAAAAGCAGCUCAUGGGGGAAUGUUUUGUGGAACCAGGGCUUUAUAUAUGUAUAGUUCCAUUUUAGCCCAUUUAAAAAGCUUUUCCUGGUGAUUUCUUUUUGUUACGAACUGUGUUGACAAUUGUAGUUAACAGUUCUGGGUGGAAUUUUUUUCCUGUGAUAGUUGCUUUGCUGUCACCAUAACAAUAAGGAAUUAUGUAAGAUGAAAGUUGAAGAAAGACAUUUAAAAAAAUUUAGUGAAAAAAUCUGUGGGAGCUUAUAACAGUUCCUAAAACUGACCUAAACCCAAAAUUCUCAUGAAUAUGAGAUUUUUACAGAGAUAUCUUCCAUCUUUGACACUGGUCAGCUAGUUAAGUGGCAUAUCAAAGAUUUGUUAGUAAUUUAAUUAAAUAGGUUUCUCUUGAGCUUCACAAGAGGAUUUUAUUAUUCUUUUCUCCUACAGUGGCUACUCCAUUCUGUCCUGUCUCAAGGUUCCUUUCUUCAUCUAGCUAACAUUCAUUUGACAAAUAGGCAAGCCUCCCUUCACUUGUUCCCAGCCCUACCAAGUUUUUAGCACUUCUGCUUGAGCCAAGUAGUUAAAACAUUAGUUUUUUCAGGAACCUAGAGCACAAGUUGAAAAUCCUCAUUCUGUGGAGGUGGCUUAAAAAUCCAAAAAGAAGUUGAAAGAUCAGAGAAUUGUUGGACCUCUGCACAUUUUUGAACUACUUCUCUGAUUUAACUGCAAAGGAAUCUCAAGAUAGGAUGUCAUCCACAUUUAGAUGAUCCUGAUGGAACAGAUCUAUAGCUCUUUUAAAAUCUAUAUCAUCUUUUUAGUAUUUAUGGCCCUGCUUUUUUAAAUUAAAUUGAAAAUUCAAGUGAAUUUGCUUUCCCAGUUAUGCUGUCGGGAGGCUUCAGCAGAACCGCCCAGCUGAGAUCUCUUGAUUUCAUUGUGGAUGGGGAAAAAAGAAGUGUGUGCUCAUGUCCUGUAAAUUAGGAUUUUUGAUGAAAAUCUUCCUUUUUUUUUUAUGAAAAUCUUUUUGGAUUAUCCCCAGUCACCAACAUAUUAUAUUCAGACCAUCCAUCUUCUUCAUAUUCUACUUUAGAUAUCCUCACACCUACUAACUUAUUGAUUAGGAAUUCUCAUUGUGGAUAUAGACAACAGAGCUUAUACGGUCUGGAUCCUCUCUACAUUAAAUAUUGAGUGAACUCCCUUAAAUUAGACUCUAUAGCCAAAUGACAAUAAGCACCAGUUAUUACAGUGCAUUUUGAAGAGGUGUUCAAUAAGUAUGUCUAGUAAAUAAGGCAUCCGUUUAUUUUUUUCAACAUUUGAUAGCUUCUAGAUGGUUCUCUUAUUACUUGGAUACUUCAGUGGACCAGUGAUUUCAUCUGGGUAAGUACUCCUUUUGGUAAUGCAAGUCACAAUCCAUCCAUGUCCUUGAAUCUUUUGGAACUCUUUGUCCUUCUCCUUCCCAUAAAUUUUUCACAGAGGGUCCAUUCAAAGUGGUGGGAACUUCUCUGGUUCUCCUGAAACUGCACCUAUAUCAGCAGGGGCUGACUAUCAUUAUAUCUUGUGCUAGACAUGAUCUCUCUAGGCAAACAUCUUGCUGAUGACAUCCUUUAUACCGCCUUUUUUGUGUAAUUUUUGGUUGGUGAUGAAUACUUUGCAGCUUACCCAUCAACUAUCCUGAACUUCUUCCUUACCCUUUGGGUCACCCUCUACUUUAAUUCUUCAGGACCUGUGGAACUCCAUCACUAGGACUUAUUCAGCAUCACUGGAAGCAUUCUGUUGGGCAAGGAAUUAUAAUAAGUUCCCUGAAAGUACUCAACUAUUUCCUAAAGGCAAUCCAAUUUACUAUCUUCCUCAUUGAUUCUGGCCCUAGCCCAUUAUCUGUGCACGAUAUUAUUUGUCCAACAUGUGUGUGCUAAUGAUGAGGCAACACUAUAGAUUGGUUGCAUCCAAGUGCAUAUCGUACUGUAGAGAGUAGACAUUCUUCCUCUAUUUAGUUUUUCUAGUGCGGAUAAUUAACCAUAUAUGUGUUUCACUGGGACAGAUUUCUAGAACCUUGGGUUACCUCCACAACAAGGCAUCAAAGUAACACUUUGUGGAGGUCAGUCAUAUAAAAAAAGUUUUAAUAUAAGUAAAAUAUAGCAUAAUGAGUAGAGAUAAUUGGAUAUUUCAAUAUGAAGAUUGGUCUGGUGAAGGAGGAGGUGGAAAUGUGUGGUAUUGGGCAUUAACUAGAGAGAUCACUUUUUGGAAUCCUGAUUAAUAAAAUUUUCUUCUGAUCCUAACUACCCAGUAGUGGAAUCAAUUCAAUUGAUAAUAUUUGGGGAGUUUAAGGAAAAUUCCUCUCACCCCAAAAUAGUAUUGGAAUUCUGUAAGUGGAGUUUGGACCCUCAAAUAUUUCCCAUCUUAAUUAGGAAAAUUAAACAUACUUUACAUGUGCAAGUCCACUAAAUACAACAAUUGAAAUGUUACUUUCCCCCAAAAUCUGUUUUUACUUCCAAAGGAACCAUAUAAUUCUGGAGCUUAAAAAGGGAACCUUAGAGAUGAAUCUAGUACAACUCUUCAAUUUUAUGUUUGGGGAAAAUGGAAGCCCCAAGAAUGUGGUGACUAUACAAAAUUAAACAAGCUGGUCAUUAAUAAAUAUAACCUGAAAGAGGGCCUGGGUUUUUUGAUUUCUCAGUGUAAGGCUCCUUUCACUGUACCAUAUUUCCCUCCUCCUAUCCACUUCCACAAUAUUUUAAUAUGUUUUCAAUAUUUGUAAUAUACAAGCCAAGUAAAAUCUCAGGGCCAUUUUCUUGGAAGGAGACCAUGACUUAAGACUGAAGCAUUCAUGCCUGUGAAUUUUCUACCAAACAUCUAUUGCAUCACUCCCUCAAAUAGAAUUCUUUCAGCAACUGUAUUAAAGAUGCAGAGUUAAACUGAAGAAAAAAACUAAUUGGAAAUCCUGCAUGGAAGCAAUAGUUUGGGAAUGUUUGGUGUGUCGCUGUGUCCUUUAAAAUAUGCAUUUCACAUUAGUAUUAGUGUAAGUAAUUAAAGUAGUAACCUCACCUCAUUUUGUUGGAAAGGUUAGAAGACUACGAUGAUGGGAGCCUGGAGCAUCAACCCAAUUUUAAUAUUUUGUAUCCAUUCUCUUCUGUCUCUUGAUGUUUCCUCCUUGAAUCACACCGGUUCCAUACUGGUGAUUCUUUUUGAGGUCUUUUCAUAGAUGCUCUGUAGAGGAGUCACCCAGCCUGAGGAAGGUCUUCUUUUGGUUUUUUUACUGUCUCAGGGUUACUAAUGUAAUUCCCAGGCUGUCCAUCUGUUGUUUUGAGGGACAGCUGAUCCACCUCCUUUUCUGGCCUGCAAAAUGCCUUUGGGAUCGCCACUUCUUGUGGGCAUGUCAUCACUGUGAACAUGCAAUAGUUUAUUUACACUCAUUUACACCCAUAAUUCAUGUUUCUGUUGCUGUUAGGGUUACCUGUAACUUAGCUUCAUUCAAGAUCAUGCUGUUCCAUUGUUGGCAGCCUGGCAGUUUGGGAUUGUUGAAAGUACUACAGGAUUUUCCAGAUUUGAUUCAGCCUAAUCUCCAUUCUCAGCCUAGCUCAUCAUCCAUUCACAGCAACUAUGCCCAGGAUAUAUAUGAAUGAGUUGCAUGUAUAGCUACAUAUCACAGCCUGGGAAAUACAAAAUUUUUCAUCUAUUUUAUUUUUUUUAAUAUAUAAUAUUAAAUCUAUCUCUUCUACAUUGCUGUGAUCUGAGGAGGUAGUGGUUUUUGUUUUGUUGUUUUUGUUUUUUAGUGUGUUAGAGCUUGAUGCAGUUGAUACAAUGUUAUCUGUGAAUAGAAGCAUUUGUAAAACCUCACUGUCUGUGUUUGGAUUCCAAUAUAGAGUAAUUUUCAUUAUACUGGAGAGCACUUUGGGUGACCGUAUGAGUUCCUUUUUUAUACCUUACUUGAUCAAUCAAUCAAUAAGCAUUUAUUAAACACCUACUAUGUGCCAGGCAAUAUGUCAUACACUAGGGAUCCUUUAUUUCAGUACUCAGCAGAUUGCUGAAGAAAGUUAUCUUUAAUGUUGAUGUUAGUCUCCUAUAUUUCCAAUGUAUAUGUGGGAGAUAGUCUUCUUAGAAGCCUUCAAGGAUAUAGUUUGUUCUGCUGAGUCAAAUCCUUUUUUUUUUUAAAUAAAUAGCAGCUAUGAUUCUUGCUGUAGUAAGACUUGCGAAAGCCUGUUUGUUCCUUUUUCAUGUUUUCAUCAAGGAUACCUUUGAUGAUUAUGCAGGCCAUUCUCCUAAAGAUGUUGCAGAACUUAGAAAAUGGGUAUUUGGGUUAACAGUUGUUGAAAUCUCAGUCAAACCAUCUGUGGUCUUUUCUAUUCUUUCAGAAUCUUUUCCUCUUUGAAAUAGCUUGAAAAUGGACCCCAGAGUGCCUUGACAAUGACCACCUUGAGCACAGAUUCCUUAUAUGCAUUUUGUCAGAUCAGCCAUUCUUCCCAAAUUCAUCUUAAGUGCUAUCACCGCUUCUUUAUGUAGUAUAUUGGGUAUUGAAAUGGCCAAAUACAUGGGUGGUAAUUAAAUUCGUACAACUAAUUAAGGAAACUGGUAUGAUAAAGAUGCUGGCCAGUAUAUUCCAUUUCAUGUCUGUUGUCAUCCCCAUCCACAGUCUAGUUUUGUCUGCCAGUGUUCUCAGGAGGACUUAGCUCUGCUUGGUCUCAUAUCAUAUUCUGAGCCAAAUCAUUUUUACCCACAAUUUUUACCCAAAAUAUUUGUGUUAUUUUGUAAAGUGAUAAUGCUCUUAAUCUUCCAUCAUCCUUUUUAGCAAAUAAGCUUGUACACUAAACUGGUGGUGUCCUUGGCUGCCAUUUCUCUACCCUUGGCAAGAAGAUUAAGUGUUUGCUGUUGGGGCAUUUUCUGGGGUCUUUUGGCCUCUUCACUCUAGUGACUGCUUUGUAUCAUUUAAAUUUCUCCUAAAAAUCAUGACAAUACCUUUUUUAGUCAGUUUAUUUCUCAUUUUUUGAAAUUAGUAAACUUAUUUCAACAGAUCAGGUUGUAAGUCAUCCAUAGACUUGCUUUUAAUUUGAUAAUAACAUUCUUAGAUUUAGUUAAGGAAACAGAGACACAGAGAAGUUAAGAAACUUGCUCACUUACUGGGGAUGAAGGGGUGGAGUGAAGACUUUGAAUGCAGGCUUUUCUGCCUCUCACAUUUUCUUCACUCCACCAUAUUGCUCCUGUUAAAACCGUCCAGCUCUUUUCUUCUUUGGACUUUGCUUUAACAAGCUGAGAUGGCUAUUGGAUCAGCAAUUAGUUAUUUCCAUAAUAAAAUUACUAAAAUGUAGUCAUUUUCAUUUUUCACAUUCUGGUUAAGUGCUUUACUAUAUCUAGACUCUUCCGAGUGUCUUAGAGUCACAUGGCUUCUGAGCAGCCUGCAGUCCUUUAAAUUCUUUGAUUUCUUGAUCUCAAACUAUAUUUACCAACAUGAUUUUUGCCUUUUUCUCCUGUAUCUAUUUUCAUAUUGAAGUCACCACAAAUGGGGAUAUAUGUUGAGUUAAUUUUGAAAUUUUUGUUAAGUUCAUCAAAAAAUCCAUCCUCUGCAAUGUAAGUUAUUGUGUAAGCUUCACUUAUUUUCCUGGUCUGUUUGCUUGCAUUCAUCACAACGACUGCAAGGCAAGAUAACCAAGUAUCCUCUGACACAAUGUUUGUUGUUGCCUUUGGAAAAACUAUGAAACCAACUCUGCCAACUCCGUUAUUCAUCUUGCUGAGGAAAAUAUGCAAGUUGUCCUUCCAUUUAUUUUAGCUGUAGCUUCUUUGUCUACUGAUUUCAUUUAUAACAAAAAUGCCAGUAUGUACAUGGUUAAUUUCCUCUGGUAGUAUCCAGCUUGUUGGUAGUUUGACAGAGAUGAGUUCCAACUGUCAAAUUAAUGUUUGUAGACAGUCUGGAGCCAUGUGAUUCUUAGCAUCCCUUCCUACCUUUCCCACUUAUCCACCCCUGUUUAGGAGAAAGUAACGAUCAACUUUGAAUUUUCAAAAGGGAUGAUUAUUCUUGAUUGCAUAAAAUAUUUCUGUGCUAGAUAUAAAUAUAUGUGCUCUUCAUUUCUUGGGAAAAAUUAUCUUUGGUUGCUGUAGUCAGAAAGAAUUAAUUGCAGAAUAGUUAUACUUGCGUAGAUUUCAUUUCCAGGUGGUAUUCUUGUUCACUCUAGUCCAACAGGAUGUCUUCCAUAACUGUGUGCUCAUCAUGUAUUGACUACUUUAGAAAUGUAUCAAUGUGCUGUAGUUUUCCUCUAGAUCCCUGAAAAUUUAACAGGGUGAUUAAUAACUUGUUUCAGCUUGGUCAUGGUGUUAGGUAAAUCAUUUAAACUACAUAUGCUGUGGGUUCUGGGGAAUUGGGGUUAGGGCUUUAGGCAGCUGAGCCAUCUAAUCAAACCACAGUGGGACUCUAGUUUUCAUAUUAUCCUUGCUUAUUUUGCAGUAUAGGUUAACUCUAGCAUAUGUUCCAUAGUAUAUUCUGAGGAUAGGGCACAUUAUACCUACUAACCUUCUAGCAGAGACAUAGAUGUUUAAUUAUUCCACAAGUAAAACUAGUAAGCCAGAUCUCACACUUGGCUUUUUUGUGCCUCUUUUUCCAGGAAUUAAAAUUCAACUCACUGUGAGAUAGGGAACAUUGGACCAUAGCUUCUUCAGAACUUUGAUGUAACUUAACUUUCUACUUGAUACCAGUUCAGCAGGUGAUCUGGGAUCUAAAAUAGGCUCAGAAUGAUGGUAAUUGCUUUGUUGGGACCAGGUCUCAAAACCAUGUCCCUAAAAGUAUGGUAAAUGAUUUUUUUUUUCCUGGGGAUGUACAGAGAACAUCAGGGAGUUUUAGGAGCAUGUGGGUUGUGACAUAAAUGGGGGUACUGGGAUAAACUAUUAGAGAGGCUUUUAUUUAUCUGGCGUGUUCACCAAAGAAUUUUCUUAUGAUUAAGAUGUUGAGAGGUUUGAGUUAUUCCUAUUGUCAUUGAUGUUUUGAGAGAAAAGCCAGGAGCUAAGUCCAUGGCAGAAGCCAAUACAGGACUGGGUCUCUAGGCAUGUGUUUGUAGGGAAUGUGUGUUGUUUAGUUUUAGUUUUAAAAAGUAAUUCAACACUUUUCUGUAUUAUCAGUAGGAGACUCAUUGGCCUUAUGAAGCUGAUGAGAAGGGAAUACCAUCAGUCUUGGUGGGAAUCAAGUACCCCUUCUGUGAAGCUGAACUGGUUGGUUCUGGGUCAUUACAGUAUGUGGAGUGCUGCCUCAAAACCACUGUAGAAAGUAAGCCUACCAUAAAGCCAAAAAAAAUUCAGUCCUUUUCAUGCAAAUAUUACUUAUUCUUGACUUUUUUCACUAUUAAAAACAUUUUACUAAUGAACUUUUGUCAAUCUCGCCCUUUGCAAGAGACUGUGAGUACUUUGGAAACUUGAAUUUCUCCAGAUAAGCCACACAUGGACUUGAAUUUCCAGCUAAAGAGUUCUAAACUGUAUGCUCAAAGUCCAAUUGUAUCCUAUUCUAAGCCCACCUUUUUGGGUGCUCCCUUCAAAACUUUCCCCAAACCAUACCAAUAGCCUUGUUUUUGAAGGCAGCCUUAGGGGUAAAAGAGUAGAGGGUGGGUGUUGGAUGCACUGAAGAUUACAAGGUUCUUUAUUGCAGUGUUUAAAGAAUCUUCUAUUUUUACAACCAGCAAAACCAGGAAUUGAAGUGGGAGAAUGGAAAAGUAGGCCUUUAAUUUCUAUCCCAUAUUCCUUUUCUGGUUUAAGAGACACGGUUCAGUCUGUCCCAGUGCUGUGACCUAUCGCAAAGACUGCUAUUCAAAAGGAAAUAAACCAGAACCUUGUCAGCUGGGUCUCCAACACCAGCACUGAGGCCCUGACCCGGAAGCCUCCAUGGGAGGUAAGGGGUCUCACUUCAACCCACUUUGGAGGCAAUAGGUGAAACUGGCAUAGCACAAUGCCCCCAUCUGAAAAAUGUUUUUGCACCAGGGUCAUAGUGUUAUCGUAUGGCUACCAUAUGCUAGGUUCAUAUGUAGAUACCUGCCCCACAACCUUGGCAGAAUGAGAGUGGACAAGGCUAAAACACUUGAAUUGAAUGGAGUGGUGGUUUGAAUUCUGGAACAACCCAAUAUAAGAAGCAGCUGACUUUGGUAGGUUAUGAUACUCAGGCAAAAAAAAAUAAGCUGGUUGUAUUGUCAGUCACUUAGUUCCACUUUGCAAGAAACCUUUAAGGAAGGUGUCUUGAGGUUUUGAGUUUUCCUCCCUCUUCUUUUUCUCCUUUCCUCCUUUUUAGUCGAAUAACUCUAUGUAGACAAUCAGAGGUCUGCCAGGUAGGGACUCCUGGCUGGUACCAGCACCAUGUUUAGGCCUCUUUCAUAUACUAACUCAUUGGAACUGAUGCACUUUGUUUCCUGUAUUUUGCCUUUUUUAUUAGCUGCUUGUUUGGAACAAAACAAAAUGCAUACUGUGUUGUGACCUUCCUGCUUGCUGUUUUUUCCUUAAUUUCAAAAGUUAUGCAUCAAGGGUAAAAUACUACUUAAGGAGAAAUAUGCACAAAACAAAUAUGCCUAUUGAAAAUAAUGUCCAUCAUGUUUGGUAGGUGUAGUGACUUCAAAGGAUUUUAAAAACUAUUUUAGAUGGGUAUUUUGCUUGUUUCCUUGUAAAUAAGAAUGUAAAUAAGUUUGUGGUAUGACAGUUUUAAGUGAUUGUAAAAAAAAAAUAAAA